AUGGGACAAGGUGCUUACGGACAAGUCAAGCUUGCACGUCUGAAGAAGCAGCCCAACAAGAAGAUGGUGCUGAAGUUUGUCACCAAGAAGCGGAUUUUGGUGGAUACAUGGACUCGGGACCGACGACUAGGUACCGUGCCUUUGGAGAUUCAUGUUCUCGACUUCCUCCGCCGCGAUGGAUACAAGCACCCCAACAUUGUGGAGAUGGACGGUUUCUUUGAGGACGACAUCAAUUACUACAUUGAGAUGAUUCCGCAUGGGCUGCCUGGCAUGGACUUGUUCGACUACAUUGAACUCAAAGCCAACAUGGACGAGUCGGAGUGUCGGAACAUCUUCAAGCAGGUUGUCAGCGCUAUUCAUCAUUUGCAUACCAAGGCGUUGGUUGUGCAUCGUGAUAUCAAGGACGAGAACGUGGUGCUGGAUGGAGACGGCCGGAUCAAGUUGAUUGACUUUGGCAGUGCGGCCUACAUCAAGAAUGGGCCAUUUGAUGUGUUUGUGGGAACAAUCGACUACGCUGCCCCCGAGGUCCUUCAGGGUAAAUCGUACCGCGGCAAGGAACAGGAUAUCUGGGCUCUGGGCAUCCUGCUGUACACCAUCGUCUACAAGGAGAAUCCAUUCUACAACGUCGACGAGAUCCUCGACCACCCGCUCCGCAUUCCCUUCCUUCCCUUCUCGGAAGCCUGCGUUGAUCUGGUUCGGAAGAUGCUGGACCGCGAUGUCGACAACCGUCUGACCAUUACCGAGGUGCUCGAGCAUCCAUGGAUGGUCGAGAACGAUUGA